UUACAACCUCUCGUUAUGCGUCUGAGAUUCAUGUACAAAGAUUGCAGAUGGUUGGUUUAGGAAUCUAAUUCUACUAUAACUCCGCUGUGACUUCGCAACAAUCCUGCCAUACAGUGAGUUGCCGAAACUAGUGAAUGUUGCCAAAUAACCCUGUGGCACCUUCUUUGAGAAGACGUUGCAGCAUGUAAACGAGCUUGGAUUACACACACGACACUUGAUAGCUUCCACUGUCGAUAGUGUGUUUCUGCACAAAUAUCAUUAGUUUGCACUUCAAGGCCAAGUACCCAAUCUUUCAAGGUCAGUAAGUCAAAAUUACGCGUUCGUAAACACUUCGAGACAACACCUGCUAGAGUUUCAUCAACGCAGCUUGUUGCAGUGUAACGUGAACGAAGGCUAUGGCGGAGAACGGGCACUAUGACCUAGAUGUCAGACACAUCCCCCCGCCCUUGCAUGUGGUCCUCAUUGCCAAUCCCGCACCGUUAGGUCUUUUCGCAAUUGCGCUAACAACCUUCGUGCUGUCAUGCCACCAUGCGGCGAUCUUCGGUGUUUCAGCGUCAACGCCCACCAACGUCGCUACAGGGCUCGCCUUCUUCUACGGUGGCCUGGUGCUGCUUCUCGCAGGCAUGUGGGAGUUCAGGACCGGCAAUACUUUUGGUGCGACGGCAUUUUCAUCCUACAGCGCUUUCUGGCUCUCUUACGCCGCGAUUCUCAUCCCUGGCUUCGGAUUCAAAGAAGCUUUCCUUGGAGGCUACGAGGAGGAUGUUCUGCCUGCCGUUGCAAUUUACCUCCUUGCGUGGACCAUGUACACUUUCAUGAUGUGGCUGGGGACACUGAGGGCAAAUAUCGCUCUCAGCGCCUUGUUCGCCUUUCUGACACUCACCUUGGCGCUGCUCACCAUCUCCGACUUCAAGCAUUCUCAUGAAGGCUUCAAAAGGGCUGGUGGCUUCUUCGGCAUUAUUACUAGCCUCAUUGCGUGGUAUAUGGGCCUGGCUGGACUGUUGACAAACGAAAACUCCUACUUCACCCUUCCUGUUGGAAAUCUCAGCAAGAGUUAGAUCAGUUGCAAUAGAGUUUGGUAUUGGUCAUGAAAUCUGACGCCCCGUUCAGUUUUUGAUCUCUUGGUGUUUCAGAAAAUGGGUAGGCAACCAGUGAGACUUCAUUGCCCCGACAUGUAUUUCGUGGAUUGUGGAUGACAGCACAAACAGCAUUAGUCUUGUUGUCCUCUAACAACUGCUAAUUACGAUGCAUAUCAUGUAGUGUGAAGAACUAGUUAGGAUAUGGCAGUAGGUAUACAGGACAGUGAUUGUGGCGCUCAGCCUCCUAGCUUGUUCCAUAAACUUGUACGUUGACCAUCAUUGAUCUGUUCAACUGAGCGCAUUUUACCUCUUGACGGUUUA